CUCCUCCUCCCUAUCCCUCAUUGAUUAGAUUCGGAAAAUAGAUCGAAAAUAUAGAUGAACUUCCAAAAUGUGGUCUUUUGUGAUGCUGGUCGUGCUAUAUAUCAUGACGAACUUUGAUUAUGAUCCCUUAUUCUUUGAUGGUUCAUUGACGUUAUCAUUUACGGGAGAGGAUCGGGGGAGUGCCUGCUGGUCCUGACACGAUCAAUCCUUCCUCGGAAGCGCGGGCAUUUCAUGGUUGGUGCUGCCUGAACAUUAAAUGGCCGCUCCACCCCCGGACUCUUCUUCUGAUGCCCCGCCCCCCUCCGAUUCCUCCCCACCGCCCCCAUCCGACUCUUCCCCGCCACCCCAACCUGAUGAGUCCAAUAAGUCCUCUCCUCCGCCCUCCAGCUCACCGCCCCCUCCUUCGGAAGAGAACAGUAAAGACCCAUCUCCUCCUCCACCCCCCUCAAAAAAAGACUCUGGGGGCUCGUCGUCCAACUCCUCCCCACCUCCCCCUCCGCCACGGUCCUCCUCCUCGUCGACACCCUCCACGCCAGCCCUAGCGCCACCAUCUCCACCCACGAGUGACUCGAGCUCGACUUCUGUGACCUCUGCGAAGCUGCCCCUCGUGGUUGGGAUCUCUGUAGGGGUCGGCCUGCUGGCUCUCCUGUUCAUCGUGAUUUGCGUUGCGUGCUUCGCGAGAAAGAAGAGGAGACGGCGCGAAGAGAUGCACUACUAUGGAUCAGAUCCCUCCAUAGGACAUAAGGCUAAUGAGUACUAUCCGAGCGCUCAGCAGCCGAACUGGCACAAAGGCGGGCAAAACUCGGACUACAUGGGGAGUGGCUUGCCUCCACCACCAGGUGGGAUGUGGCCGGCGCCGCCCCCUCCGCCGCCAAUGAGCAGUGAGGACAUGAGCUCGAACUACUCAGGGGCACGCCACCACCCAGCAAUGCCGCCCCCAUCCCCUGGGAUCACUCUCGGCUUCAAUAGCAACUCCUUCACCUACGACGAGCUUGCCAUGGCCACCAACGGGUUUGCCCAGGCUAAUUUGCUAGGACAGGGCGGUUUCGGGUACGUGCACAAGGGGGUCCUGCCAAAUGGGAAGGUGGUUGCCGUUAAGAGUCUUAAGUCGGGGAGCGGACAGGGCGAGAGAGAGUUCCAGGCUGAAGUGGAGAUCAUCAGCAGAGUUCACCAUCGCCAUCUCGUGUCUCUGGUUGGAUACUGCAUCUCUGGUGGCCAGAGAAUGCUGGUCUACGAGUUCGUCCCGAACAACACCAUGGAAUAUCACCUUCACGGACAAGGUCGACCGGUCAUGGAUUGGGAAUCACGUCUUCGUAUCGCAAUUGGAUCUGCAAAGGGACUUGCUUACCUCCACGAGGAUUGCCAUCCUAGAAUUAUUCACCGGGACAUCAAAGCAGCCAAUAUUCUUCUCGACAACAACUUUGAAGCUAUGGUGGCUGAUUUUGGGCUGGCAAAACUUUCUGAGGACAACAACACUCAUGUCUCGACUCGUGUAAUGGGAACAUUCGGAUAUUUGGCGCCGGAGUAUGCAUCGAGUGGCAAGUUAACAGAAAAAUCUGAUGUUUUCUCGUUUGGUAUCAUGCUCUUGGAGUUGAUAACGGGAAAGAGGCCAGUGGACAGUAACAUUGUUAUGGAAGAUAGCUUGGUGGACUGGGCUCGGCCGCUUCUAACCCGUGCAUUGGACGAAGGCAACUAUGAUGGGUUGGUGGAUGCAUGCAUGGAGGGCAACUAUAAUCGUCAAGAGAUGGCUCGAAUGGUGGCCUGUGCUAGCGCUAGCAUUCGCCAUUCUGCAAGGAAGCGCCCGAAGAUGAGCCAGAUAGUCCGUGCACUUGAAGGCGACGUCUCAUUGGAUGAUUUGAAUGAAGGGAUCAAGCCCGGGCAGAGCUCCGUUUUUUCUGCUGGAAAUGGGAGCUCAGACUAUGACAGCUCCGCCUACAACGCAGACAUGAAGAGGUUCAGGGAGGUGGCACUGUCGAGCCAAGAGUUCGGGAGCAGCGAGUUCGGGGGCACCUCGAGUGGCGAGGCCCGGUCACCUAAUAACAAGCUUUGAUCACUGAAUUAGACAUCAAUUCUUGGAGGAGAGAAGGAAUGCCAUUCAUUGGAGAUGAAACAAUACAUUGUUUGACCCCAAUGUGGUUGAGGUCCGAUGACUUAUGCACGUGUACCUUAAUUUGUAAAAUGG